AUGGCGUUUGAUGUAAUCGAAGUACCCUUCCAGUUCAACAAGAUCCUACUCCGUCUCCCUCCAAAGCCAUCCUCCCUCCCACAGGCCUCCCUCGUUUGCACACUCUGGCGCAGCAUCCUCUCCGAUCCCAGGUUUCUCAAACGCUUCCGGAAACACCACCAAAAGCCUCCUCUGUUGGGCUUCUUUGUAGGGUAUACUGGCAGUAAACACAACUUCGUUCCUGUCAUGGACACAAAGCCUGACCGCAUCUCAGCUGCACGCUUCUGCGUGCCCAAGAGUAGCAGGGACUUCCUCGGCUGCCGACAUGGGCUUGCUGUCUUUAUCAAGUGGCUGCGCGAGACCGUUGUAUGGGAUCCCCUCACCGGGCAGCAGCAACGCGUGCCUUUUCCACCAGGGCUUGUUAAUGCCGAAACUGACACUUUCUGGGACUGGCACGCAGCGGUGCUAUGUGUUGAUCCUGAAGAUGGGCAUGUGCAUGGCGAUUGCUUCUCCAGCCCGUUUAAGUUAGUUUUGACGUGUGGUGGAGACACACAAGCGUCCGCUUGCCUCUACGAGUCCAAGUCUGGUGCAUGGGGAAAUAUUGCAUCAACGCCGACUACAGAUGAGAUUCUUCAGAUAAGGCCCAGUGUCCUCAUUAGGGAUGCACUUUUCUGGUUGUUAUGUGAAGGUGACAUUCUUGCGUUUGAUAUUGAAAGCCAGAGUCUUGAUGUGAUCGAGAAGCCGGUGGAUGCCCAGCCGGUGGAUGCCCAUGGUGCCGCCGGCUAUUCCUUCCAGCUCUUACGGACAAAUGAUAGUGGCCUUGGCUUCGCAAGCAUGUCGAAUCUGGGCAUCCAAUUGUGGAAGAGGAGCUCCAACUCUGAUAAUGUUGUUGGAUGGGUGCUGCAGUCAAAAGUCAUUCAACUAGAUGGACUCUUUCCACAAGGAAUGCCUAGCGACCACAAAAUGGCAGGGAUGGUGGGGUAUGAUGAGGAGUCAAAUGCGAUUGUUCUGGCUACUUAUAUUGGUGACUUCAUGCUUCAACUUGAUUCGAUGCAGUUCAUAAGAAUUUCCAAAAGAAAUUGCUGGAGUAGUAAGCUGUAUUAUCCUUACAGAAGUUUCUAUACUGCAGGUGAGUCUGAGGCUGGGUUCUACCAGGGGCUCAUGGGGGCGGCGGGGGAGGAGAAAGUAUUCUCCCUUGCCGCGGACCUUUGGCCGGAGGGGGAGCAGACACCAUUGCCUAGCAGAAAAGAAAAGAAAGCACAGAGCGGAAGCAUAGCGUGUCGAUGGACUGAUGGAGGCGGUGGCUCUGCGUCUAGAAGUGCUACAUCUCCUCCGACAACGGCCGCUGGUUCAUGGACGUCCUCAACAUCGCCGACGCCGCGGGCCGCAAGGUCGCCGAGCCGACGGGCUGCUCGCGCGCCUCGAGUCCGCUCUCUCCGCCGCCGCCUCGGCCGCCAACGCUUGCCGAGGGCGUGCGACACGCCGGCCAAGGAGAGGAGGCUCUGCGUGCUCGAGCUCGUCGGCGACGAGCGCCCGGGCCUCCUAUCCGAGGUGUUCGCUCUACAAGACCUGCGCUGCGGCACCAUCGACGCCAGGACAUGGACGAACGGCGGCCACGUCGUCGCGCUAGUCUGCAUCCGCGAAGAGGACACCGGCGCGUUCAUCCACGAGCCGGUCCGGAUCAGGCGCAUCGAGUCCUGCCUCCGGCACGUCCUCCGCGGCGGCGUGCACGGCUUGGUUGACGCGGCGACGGUGGGCAAACUGGACCGGCGGCUCCACCAGCAGCUGAACGAGGACGGGGAGGCUGCUCUGCGGGGUGGCUUGCAGACAACGCGGGCUGACCGCUUCGGCCCGCUCGAAUGA